CAGGACACUGACAAAAUGGCCACCAUCCGGCGUACUGACAUAAUACAAAAGAAGUUUUCAAAGGGCAGGCCUCCAAAAACAGAUCGUGAAAGAAUAAACAGACGCCAAGAAGCAUAUAAAUGGCGAGAUGCAAGGCGUGUAUAUCUUGCAAGCUCAUUUGAUCGUUGGAGGAAACUUAGAUCUACCCUUAAAAUGAAAGAUUCAAGCCUGGCAUGGCAUUUGAUGGAGGCUCACGAAAAAAGUUCUUGUUCUCUCUGCCGACAAACCUACCCCGACAAUAUGAUUGGCAACCCAAGUGUAAAAUCAAAGAGGGAUCAGAAAGAGUUUUUGCCAUCUCUGAUUGCAAGUGUGCGGCAACUCUGUCACUCUUAUUUUGAUUUUGAAGAAAGUAUAGAGAUAGUUGGUCUUCUUUGCCUUGAAUUUGAUAAAAAAAGAAAAGAAAACUUUAGUCUUAAUGAGCUAAUAAAGUCAGGAUUAAAACCAUCUCAGCCAAACUACAUAUCUAAUAGUCUUCAUGAAAAGUCAGAUUCUUCAUUAUCAAAUAACCAACAAGUUGCUGUGCAGAAUGCAGAUGGAAAAUUUGAUUUACAAUGUGAAGCUAAUAUGACAACGCCGCCUGUUGUUAAAACUGCAAUUAACACAACGCCAUCAGAAAUGUUAUCAGAUGCAUGUCUUGAAAGGCAAGGCACAUCAAAUGAACCGUCACACUCUGACACCAUUGUGCUGGAUAGCUCAAACAAAUCUUCAUCUACAGAAGCUUUGUGUGUGAAUGAGAAAGAUAAGUUUGAUUUGAAAGAGGUAGUUCAGGCAAGCAAUGACAUUUUGAGUGAUACUAAAGAUAUUGAGAAGGUUGAAGACCCUGAAGCAUCUGUUGUUAUGGACUCAAGUCUGUGCUCUGAAUCUGACCCUUCUCUUGAAAUUGAUAUAGAGAAAAUGGACACAUCUCAUGAACAAGAUAACAGUUUACAAGAAACUUUACACAAUUUUGAUAAUGUAAAUACUAACAAGAACUGCACAAUACAUAGUGACACUUUGAUAAAAGAAUCAUCAACUGUAGCAGAGAUAGUCCAGGAAGAAUUUUCUCAUACUUCUAAAAUUGACGAGGUAAAAAAUUCACAGUGCAAUAGUGGCUUAAAGAAUGACUCACAGUCUUCAUUGUUAGACCAAAGUAUAGAGCUUCAGCCUAUCACAGCAAAGGAAUUACCCCUUGAUAUGUCAGUAUUGAAAUCCACAUUCAAACAGGAGCCGACUAAUGAAGAUUAUCCAGAUGGUGUGGGUGAUGAUUUGUAUUAUACAAUGGGUGAUAAAAACCAGUUGGAUGUAACACACCAUCCUCAAUCUCAUAAUAAAAGAAAGAUGACAGAGACAAAUCAUUACUUAAAUAGCAGCUUCAAUAAAAGUAUGCUCUGGAAUUCUGAAAAUUCUUUGGCCAAGUCAUCAAAACAAAAAGAAGAAGGUCACACAAGCAUACCCUGGCAACGAAGAGAUAUGUCUCGUAAAGAGGAAUAUGAGUUUCUUGAGUUUCAUCCGUUUUCGGAUCUUGCAGAAUUCAGCCAACACUAUCCCCAUGUACAUCAGAGGACAUACUAUAGAUGGAAACGACGUAUAAAGGAGGAGUACAUUAUCCUGGAGCAAUGUCCUGACAUGAGCUUUCAAGAAUUUAGUAGCAUUGUUUUGCAAGCAAAAGAAUCUGUAUUUCACCUUUGGAAAACUUUAAUUUCCCAGGGUAAAGGAUUCUUUGCACCUUCUGAUUCAUCAAAACGCUUGGAAGCAAAAUGCUCUCUCAAAUCCAACACCAGUACAUAUAAUAAUGAAUAUAUUUAUCUACAGAAGAAUUUGUCAAUUAAUUAUGAGCAAUUUAGUCAGCAGUAUCCUGGUGUCCCCCUUGAUGUUUUCAAUGUUCUCAAGAGGAAGGUCAUGCAAGACUUUUGGUUGUAUUAUCAGAACCAACAUAUGAGCUACACAGAUUUUUCUAUGCUUGCUAAUAUAGGUGAGGACACCUUUCUGUCAUGGAAAGAGUAUAUAGAAAAUCUGAAAUCCUGUUCUCUCUCACCAAGUAUUAAAGCACUGUCAAAUAGCAUGUCCCCGAGCUCCAUGUCAGGUACAUCUUUUCAAUCUGUGGGAAGCCCUAAGUCUUCUAAAUCUGAUCUGCAAGCUCAGAUGAAGAAAGACAAUGUUUUUAACAUGAUGGCUGGAAAUUCUGUGUUCAGUGAUUCGAUGGCUGCAAUGCAUCCAUCUCUAAACUCAUCUUUGAAUGAUUCUGUUUCCAGAAACCUCUCAGCAACUUAUUUAGCCUCACUGCAGAAUAUGAUGUUUCCAUGGCAUAGCUAUUACGGGAUGGCAUCACCUUUGGGUCAGCAAAUAUUGCCCAUGAUGCUUUGGCCCCAAAUGAUGGGGUUAGCUAAUCCUUUAACUUCCAUUGGAAGUUCUCAUGGAACAAAUUUAGCAUUGUCUAACUCUGUCUCUGGACUGCACAGCUCUGUAUCAGAUCGCAAAGAGUCCCCAAAGCCGGAUGUCAAACCUGAAGAAUCUCAAAGCCAGUAUCAAGGUGAACAUUUUCAGCAAGGUCUGAAACGUUUAGCUGAAGAUGGAGGCCAAGAAACCUCAAAAUCCUCAUCUGAUAAAAGGAUGAAGUUGUUACAAGACAAGGAUGAUCCAGAAUUCUGGGGCUCUGCUGGUAGGUCGCGCAAACAGAAUAAGCAAGAAUAUAUUUACUAUUUAAAAAACCCAGAGUUAGGUUUCAAAGAGCUAGAAACCUUAUUUCCGAGUAUUUCCCUAAGAACAUUUUACAGAUGGCGGAAAGAAAUGAAUGCAGCUGUACUGUUGCUAGAAGAGAACAAAGAAAUGACAUAUCACCAGUUUCAAAUAGUUUUUCCAGAUAUUCCAGAAGAAGUAUUUGAUUCUUGGAAAGAAAGGGCUGAGAUGGAUAAAAUAUCUCGUUCUUCAAAUGUUGAUCAAACAGCUGUAACAGACAAUACUGAAGAUGUGAAUGCAGAUGUCAAACCAUCAUUUCCAACCCUUCAUAUGCAGGUUGAACUGGACAUUGGUACAGGAGACAUUGGAUGUAAUAGUUCAGCAAAAACUUCCUAUCAUUCAGUUGUUGGGGAUGAAACAUCACAUCACAAGAAAUACAAUAAAGAAGAGUACAUGUUUGUGCAGAGAAAUCCCGAUGUUGACUUUGCUACUUUUUCAAAAUUAUACCCAACUAUUUCAGUUCGAAGUUUUUACAGGUGGAAGAAAGAAUUGAAAGAAACAGUAGACUAUUUAAAAGCCAAUCCUGAUGUUGAUUUUAAUGCUUACAGAACAAUAGAUUCAAAUGCUGCUGAAGAGGUUUUUAAUGUUUGGAAGAAGUUGGCCAACAACGAUUAUCAUUUGGAAGAAUGUACUGAAAUACCCGAGGCCAUGGAUGAAAAAGAUGGUCGAGCCUUGUGUUAUUCUAACAGGAAACUAUAUGGACCUGAAUAUUGGUUUUUGCAGCUUAAUCCUUACAUUGAAUUCUCUCAAUUUUCAAGAACAUAUCCUGAUGUUCCUAAACGUACAUUUUAUCGCUGGAAACGGGAAAUACAGCAAAUUUUAAAUUACAUUAGAGCCCAGCCUACUCUGCAGUUUUCAGACAUAGCUUCCAUUCUUCCAGAAGUAUCUCAAGAAGUCUUCAAUAAAUGGAAGGAAACAAUAGCUGAAGAAACAACAUCCAUUGCUGAAGGUUCAAGUGAUUUAAAACAUAUGGACAUGAUAUCACCUCAAUUUGAACUCAAUGGACAGACAAAGGAUGAAAUGACAAAAGCACUGCUUCAUCUGAUGCAUAAUCCAACAAUGAAAUACUCUGAUUUCAAAGUAUUAUUUGAGUUUAUGUCACCUGCUACUUUUGAACUUUGGCUGAAAAGAAUUAAGGCAGUCAUACUCCACAUUGCGUCAAAUCCUUCCAUUGAUUAUAAAACUUUUAGCCUGAGUAUUAAAGAUGUGGCUGAAGAUACUUUCCAUAUUUGGAAAAAUUUGAAAUCUGAUGAAAUUAAGAGCAUAGAGUUGUCAUGUGAGGAAGCAAGGGGUUCAUCAAGAGACAAUGAAAGUUGUCCAGACAAUCUGCAGAAGUGCUAUGAAUACUGCUUGCAGCAUCCUUAUAUUAGUUUCACAGAAUUCAGUUCUCAGUUCUCUAAUGUUUCUGAACAGUUAUUUGAUGAGUGGAAGUCUAAAAUCAAUCAAGAAAUAGAUUUUCUCAGUGCUCAUCCAGAUGUUGAAUUUGAAGAAUUUUCAAAGAAGUUCCCUCACACUAAAGAGUUUAUUUUUAACAAUUGGAAGUCCUACUGGAAUAAUAUGAAGUUUAGUUGCAUCAACCAGUAUAUUGAGCAGUCUUCUGAGAACAUAGCCACAACAGCAUUGUCUAAGCAUAACUAUUCAGAACAACCUCCUCAAAGUAGCUCGUCAACUUUAACACCAAACAGUAUAGAUCAUCAAAUUAAUGGUGAUGAAUACCAUAGAAAAAGCAAUGACAAUUUGGUCAGUAUUAAAUCUUCAAAUGAUGAGGUAUCCAAUGUAGCUGAUAUUAGCAACGAGUCGUCACUUAGCAAGCUUGCAAAGUUUGCAGGUUCCCAAUCACCUGGAAACACAAAUAAAUUUUUAGAUGAUAAACAGAAUUCUUUCUCUGCUUCCCUUUCAGACUACCUUAGCAAUAGUCAAAUGACAUCUGGAUUUUCAAGUAUAUCUUCUGAACACAAAAAUAACAACAACAAAGUGGUACCGACAGUAUCUCCUCACAAAGUGGACAGCUUUUUGCAUGUUCCUAGUACAACCAGCUCUAUCCAACAGCACUACAUGAAAACUAGUCCUCUACCACGUUAUUCUGCUGUGAGUCAUUAUAAUAAUGAUAUUUUGCCUUCACAAGUGGGCAACUCGUCUCUUUCAGCACUUAUGGCCAUGUCAAAAGACAAUGAAGUGUCUUUUAAAGGAAACCAGUUGUCUGAAGAAAGAUUGAUACCAAAGAAAGAACGAGUAUGCAACAGUUCACCUCUUUCUGGUAACAGUUGGCAGGGCGUGAACUGGGGUUCUGUGAAAGAUGAGGAUGAGGCAUUUUCUUCUCAGCGGCAGAAAAAAAUGAGUCGUGCUGAAUAUAUGUUUGUAAAAGAUAACCCUGAUGUGGAUUCCCAGGAAUUCUCACGUAUAUUUCCUGGUGUUUCAGCCCGUACAUUUUACAGGUGGAAGAAAGAAAUCAAAGCUCAACUUCAGAUGGCUUAAGUAGUUUAUGAAGAUUUACAUUUUAAUCUCUAUAAAGAGCUAUGCAUGGAAGCUUGUAGGAAUCACCUCUCGAAUGUUUGUUACAUUUAGUACUUCUAGUCUACAGUAAUUGCAUUGUAAUGCACACAGCUAGAUUGUAUUUUUUUCAACUUGCUUCCACUUUAAAAAUGUGAAUGCUGAGGUGAAUUUCAAGAUUUUCAAUUACCGUUAGUGUUCAUUACAAAUAACGCAAACUAAGGGAGUCCAAAUUUUGUUUUGCAAUUCAUUUUUACCACUAUUAUUUAUGUAUGAAUCUAACAUUGUAUGGUACGUUUAUACAAUAAUUUAAUACAAGGUUAUACAUUUUUUUAUUUCUGGCUUUGUUGUGGUUUUUUUUUUUUUUUUGCAUAAUAGUUUCUUAUGUACCGUUAUAACCUGUUGGUUAUUACUUCCUUAAACUAAAAGCAACAAUUUAUCACAAUAGCAUUAUCAAACUGCUAAUUGGAAAGAUUUUUAUAUAAUAAUAGCCUGAUAAUUUUAUGUUUUGUCUCAAAAUUACUUAUACCACAUAAUUUAAAACGGAAGUUUUUUUUUUUUUAUUUGCUUAAAAUAUUGUUUCUUAUUAAAUAUUCACGUGGGUUUUUAUUAAAUCUUUUAAAUGAAUAAUACACUUCUUUGUUAAAGGAGGCCAAUGCAUUUGUUUUCAAAGUGCAGCGAGCGUGCCUUACAGUUCAGCAAAGUACAAUUGAUCUCUAAUGGGUUGUUAUUCUAUUAGGUGUAUUUACACAAUAGUAUAAGCAGUGAGUUUUUUAUUUAAUAUAUUAUGUGCAAUAGUACAUUCUAGUAUAUUCUAUCACCACAGUUUAUUAAACAUGUUGAUUUUGUUUGCUCUUGUAUUAGUUAAUGCCAUAUCAAAUUUUUGAGCUAAGAGAAAUACAUGAAGCAUCAUACCUCAACCAUAUCGUUAUUAUGCAUUUCAUUUUAUUAUCAAGGUUCACUUUGUAGAUCUCAUAAAUGGUGCAUUGUUAUUCUGAUUGUGCCUAGAUUUAGAAUAAUUGUUGAUAUAGCAAGUUUUGUUUUUGUCUCUUUAAAUAUUCUAAGUAUGUAUUUUUACACUCAAUAUUUUUUGUCAUAUUUUCAUGUUCAUAGUCAAUUGGUACCUUUUAGUUUUAAAUUUUGCAUUUUCAAUGUUGUAAUAUUAUCAUACAUUUUCAUUAAAAACUAAAUGCAAAGCCUCAGCUAGUCUUUCAAGCUGGCUCCAUCUCCUUAACAAAUGUUAUGGGUCACUAGAAUUUUUGCUAAAUGCCAAAGCAACUAUUUGCCAUUUAGCUGAAUGUUGUCUAAGCCCUUCAAGGUAGAUUGAUAAAUUGUUUAGAGAUGUUUAUUGAUAGAGCUGCAAUAGAAUUUUCCUUUAAAUUUACAUAUCUGUUGUCAUAGAAAAGUACUAAGCAUUAGUAUUUAGCACAUACAAAUAAUUUGUUGUAUUGAUAGAUACAUAAAGAUCAAACUGUAUGAACUGGCUACUCAAUAUAAUUUUUUAAACUAGCACUCCAAAGCUUAAUGGGGAGUUUCCUCUUACAUAUCAAGCUUAACUCGGUGGUUGAUUGUGUGGGUGAAUCAGUGUAUAGUUGUGUAUUGGUUGAGCAAUCAUGAUCCAUUGGAACACAACAUGUCACAUUUUCAUUGUUUAAAUUGUAUAAAACUAGUCAGUACACAUCAUUUAUUACAAGUUUGUACAAUAAACAAUGAUUAGCUUUGAAACAUAAUUUAAUACAUUUCUUUACUAACCUACAUCUGCUAGGUUUGAGAAACACUUUUUACUAUAAUAUGCAACACAUUUAUUUUGUUAAAUUUUUCUGUCUGUUGAACUAAUAGUUUAUACAACAUAUACUAAUUUUAUUUUUCUUUGUAUGUUGAACUUGGUUGUUAUGAUUAAGUUUAAAUCAAGAAAUUAACCCUUGCACAAGCAAUUCAAUUGAUUGCAUCAUACUUUAGUAUUUCCCAGGCCUUGUUCUGUACCUAAUCAGUUUGUUUUACUACAACUUUUACCUAGUCUUCCAGAUUCUUCAGCAUAUUAGAAGUGCGCUGCUCCAGGUUUUCUUGUAAUUAUGCCUUUGCUUUUGUUAACUGAUGAAGUUGUGCUAAAUUUAAACUCACUGCUUAUGACGGUGUUUAGUGAUAAUACCUUGCACUGUUGUGUGCAUGAAACAUUUUGCUGCUGAAAGUUUUCUCAAAUAUUCUGUGUAUAUUUAGUGGUUUUUAUACAGUUACUGUUGAGGAGCUGAUUUAAACAAAACAUGAAGCAUUAAUUAAUGUUUAACUUUUAUAAUGUUUGGCACUGCUGGAAAUAUGCAAAUUGCAAUUAUUUCAUGUAAAUUACCUGAAUAGGUCUUACCAGAUCUAAUGACAGCCAGGCUAAAUAAACAAAAUACAUUUUGAGUUGUACCAAUUAACAUUAAUUUUGUCUUGUUGAUUGGCUGUUCUAAAACACCUAGGUAGUGUUCAAGCACAGAGUAGAGAUGUUGUUACUUAACAUACACAUUGUUCUAUGUACAUUGCUUUUUUAUUUGGAUGUAUUAUGGUUCAGUGCAAUAGUAGGAUUACCAUUUUCAUUAUCCUAUGUUUUUGCUGUAUGUUUUAAUAAGAAUAACGUACUAGAUCAGUACAAGAUAGUUCUACAUUGCAUAAACAAACUUAUUUAUCCAUAGUUAGAGGACUUAUGAACUGAUUUUUUUAAAAAUUGUGUUGAACAUAGGAAAACUCUCCCUAUUCAUUAUAACAAAGCAUAAAACAAUACUGUACUUAACCUACAACAGCAUAAUUUAAUCAUUUGAAAAUGUUUUGAUGUUAUAAACUAGUAAAAAUGCAGCUCUCAUUCUCUCUAGGGUAUAUUAUUCAGCAUUUCUGAUGAGCUGUUCCUCUGUAUAAUUUGAAGAAAGUCCUUAAUAUACUUCUAAUUACAAUCAGGUGCAUGAUUGUAAUUUAAAUUUUAUGCAAUGACUGUAAUAGCCAAUUACUGAAUAAGAAAGGUGUGUUACUUAAAUAGUGUUGACCAGUUUAAUAACAUGGAACCACACACAGUUAAAAUCCCACUACUAUUGUCUGGUUAUCAUCAUUUUAUAAUGCAUGCCAGUUUAGAUUAAGAUAUAUUUUUAAUAGCUCAUGAUCUAACAGUAGUACUACAGUGAACAUUUUUCUCUACUGUGGAAGCACACGUGUCACGUAGAUUAGUAUCAAUAUUUAACAGAACAAUUUUUAUUUUAAAUCAACCCCUACUCAUACCUUUUCUUGAAAUAUUUAAAUGUUUUAAAGGCUUACAGCGUAGCAUUUUUUAAAUGGUGGACAUACAUUAAAGGAAUUUUCUUUCUUCCCCCCCCCCCCCCAAUUUAAAUAUUGAGUUUGAUUUCCAUUGUAAAGAAAUAUUUAAAAGCAUACACUUGUAUGUUGUAGUUGUCUAGACAAGCUCCAUUGUUUAUGUUGACUAACUGCUCCACAGAUAAAGCAUAUAUUACAGUAUUACUGUAAAGUCUUUGUAUCAUAAUGGGUUUUUUAAUUAGCUUUUUACUUUUCACAUUACUAGAAUCUAGCAUGUGAGUGUUGAGCACAUGUUUUCAAGGUUUAUGCAUUUAUAAACAGAAGGGUUGAUUUAUAUACACCAGGUGUGUUCUCUUAUUUCUCAAUGUUAGGACAGCAGAGUUCUGGCUGAUGUAGCACGACGUGUCUGUCUCUUGUACAAAUUUAGAUCUUUGUGGGAGUUUUUUUUUUUGUUCAGAUUUAUAUUCCUGUUUUUACUUGGGAAUAAUCAUAUGCAUAUUCUUUUAGGUCUUAUUUUUUCAGUUGUCUAUGCAAUAAUAAAAUUCAGUUGAUUAGAUU